AUGAAGUUCGGCAAGUACAUCCUCAGCCAGCAGAUCUCGGGCUGGGGUGCCUACUACCUCGACUACAAGUUUCUCAAGAAGAUCAUCAACUCGCUCGAAAAGGGCCGCCUCGCCGAUGCCGCCCUCUUUGCUACCGGCGUUCGUCCUGAAGAUGCCACCACCGCCAACGCCAACGCCUCCAUCGUCUCGCCGCCUCAGCCUCAGAUCCUGGCGCAGCUUCAAGGCUCGGACGAGCUCCAAAUCCAUAAGGCCGCCUUCUUCUUUAAGCUCGAACGCGAGCUCGAAAAGAUCAACAACUUCUACCUCCAAAAGGAAGCCGAGCUCAAGUCGCGCCUCCAGACCCUCAUCGACAAGAAGCGCAUCAUAUUCGAGUCGCGCAACUCGUCCAAGCUCUCCAAGGACUCGCCCUCCUACGUCGCCCUCUACGAAGGCUUCCGCUACUUUGAAAAGGACCUCUCCAAGCUCCAGCAAUUCAUCGAGAUUAACGCAACCGGCUUCCGCAAGAUCCUCAAAAAGUGGGACAAGCGCUCCAAGUCCCAGACCAAGGAGCUCUACCUCGCACGUCAGGUCGAGGUGCAGCCGUGCUUCAACCUCAAGUUCAUCGCUCAGCUCAGCGACAUCGCCGCCGCCAACCUGCUCGAGCUCGAAAACCUCUCGCACGGCCGCUCGCUCAACGAGGCCAUCACCACCAACGGCGCCAGCCUCUCCGCCGACCACCGUCUCGACUUUGCCGCCGCGCAGAGCCAGGAAUUCGAUGCGCUCGCAGACCUCGAGGCCAACCUCGCAGAGGCCAUCAAGGCCGGCCGCGUCGCGCCCGCCACAGAGAUGAUCCGCAUCGCCGCACAGAACGAGGACGCCACCAGCGUCUCGCGCAUCGUCUGGCGCGCGCUCGUCGAAGCAUCGCCCGACGCAGUCGCCGCAGCGCUCCAGCACGGCCUCGCCGACUACACGUUUGUCGACGACAUCAGCUCGCGCACGUGCCUCCACGAGGCCUCGAUGGCGGGCCAGCUCGUGCUCGUCCGCUCGUGCAUCCACAACGGCGUCGACGUGGCGCAGCAGGACAUCUACGGCCGCACCGCCCUCUCGUACGCCGCCAUGGCCGGCCACACCGACGUCUGCUCCUAUCUGCUCUCGCUCCCCUCCAUCUCGGCCGCCACCUACGACCUCGACGGCUUCUCGCCGCUCAUCCUCGCCGUCAUGAACGGCCGCACCGACGCCGUGCGCAUCCUCCUCGACCACGGCGCCAGCGUCGAGCCGCGCGACGCCACCGACCUCAUCCCGCUCUGCCUCGCCAGCUCGGGCGGGCACGCCGACAUUGUACGCCUGCUGCUCGCCAAGGGCGCCAAGAUCGUCGCCAACGCAGAGGGCCUCUAUCCGCAGGCGCUCGCUGCGCGCGCCGGCCAUGCCGAGUGCCUGCGUCUGCUCGUCGAGUCCGGCGGCGACCCCAACGCGCCCGAAAAGGGCACGCAGUGGACGCCCAUCUUCUUUGCCGCCGAGAGCGGCCAUGUCGACUGCCUCAAGGUGCUGCUGCAAGCCGGCUGCAACGUCGGCAUUUUGGACGAGAAGGACCGCACCGCCGCGUUCUACGCCGCGUGGAACGGCAAGAUCACCUGCCUGCUCCUGCUGCUCGAAGCGGCGGCGGCGGCGCAGAAAAACCCUCCCGGCGAGACGGCGGCGAGUCGCAAGGCGGCAAAAGCCUCGGCUGCUGCUGCGGCGGCGGCGGCAUCCAAAGCCAACGCGGCAGCAGAAGGCGGGAUGGGCGACGACGAGCUGGAGCUCGAGAUGGACGGCAUCCCGGACCUGUCGCUGCCGCCUCCCAUCAUCCCGUUCCGGACGUACGGGCACAACUACCUGGACAAGCGCGCGCUGGUGUCGGUGAGCCUGACGAACAACUCGGUGAAGCUGUACAAGCACCAGGAUCCGAACCGGCCGGAGCAGUUUUCGACGUCGUCGCUCAAGCUCGUCAUGACGUCGCGGCCGGACGCGUCGCUGACCACGGCGAUCCCGCACAACGUGGUGCUGCCGCUGGCGGACGAGCGCGAGGUGUUUUCGUUCCAGGUGAGCCGGCUGGAGAGCUUCUCGAUCGAGUGGGAGCUCAUGCCCACGUUUGGGUCCAAGGUGAUCGGCAAGGCCGUGGCGCUGCCGAGCUCGUUCGAGGGCAUGACGGAUCGCAAGCGCUUCGUGCUGCCGCUGCAGGACGUGUAUCUCAAGGUAGUGGGCGAGGUGUCGUUCGAGCUCGACUUUGUCAAGCCCUUCGACAGCGUGCAGCUCGAGAUCGGCGGGCGCGUAGAGACGUACUGGAAGAGCAUGCUGCCUGGCGUCUCGGCGCCCUCGACGGUGGGUCCGACGAGGAUGACGCCCAACAGCGGCGUGGGCAGCAUCAGCGGCGCGCUUGGCGGCGUGUCGGGUGCGGCGGCUGCGUCGACGCCGAGGGGCGCGGACAAGGGCGUGUCUAGCGCGGCGAGCGCGAGUGGCACGCCGCUGGCGGCUGGCUCGGCGGGUGGAGCCGCGUCGACGGCGGGGGCAGCGGCGCAAUCGACGCUGGUGACGGGCUCGUCGCUGGCGGGCGAGUACGUGCGGGUGGUGGUGCAGGUGACGAAAGACGCGGUGGCGGUGGUGUGGCCGCAUGCGUUCAUCCCGCUUGUGGGCGUCGAGGUGUACGUGGGGAGCGUGCGUGCGGACGAGCUGCUGGGUGUGGCCAAGCAGACGCACCACCUGCUGGAGUGGACGCCGGCACAGGCAGCGCAGGCGUCGUGGAGCGAGUGGCAGGCGGCGCUGCAGACGUCGGUGUGCACGCUCGAGACGCUGCUGUCGCUGUUGCCGGUGAGUGUGGGGAUUGAUCUGGACGUCAUGUAUCCGUCGACGGCCGAGGUGCGCGCCAACGCGGGGAUGCCCAAGAUGGAGGUGAAUCAGCUGGUGGAUACGAUCCUGCACACGGUGUAUGCGGCGGGCACGAGCAAUCGCGAGCAGAGUCGCAAGAUUCUGUUUUCGUCGCGCUCGCCCACGGUGUGCACGGCGCUCAACUGGAAGCAGCCCAACUAUGCGGUGUUUUUCGCAUCGUACUGCGGCAUCGAUGGCGAGGCGAGCGGGCAGGGGGAGCUGCGCGCUUCGACGCGGCACGAGACGGAUGCUCGACGCGAGAGCAUCGGCGAGGCGGUACGUUUCGCCAAGAGCAACAAUCUGUUGGGCGUGAUGGUGGAUGUGGCGCUGCUCAACCAUGUGCCGCAUGUGGUGGAGAGCGUCAAGGCAUCGGGACUGCUGCUGAUUACGAUUGGCAAGUUUAGGCGUCCGGCGGAGCUGGCGGAGCUGCCGGAUGUGGAUGGCGAGGCGUGCGACGGUAUUGUGGUUUGCAAGAGCUAG